AUGACUGUGUUCUGCUCUGCACUCCAUGCUCUGAAUGUCAACAUUGAAUGUGUUCAUAGACAUGAUGAUGAUCCAUCAAUCUGCCCUGCUUGUCAUAAACAGUUAGGCUCUUCACAAGGAGUUGCAGCUCACCUUUCCACCGCUAGGUCCUGUCAAUGGUACAAGAAGGGUAAGAUGAGGGCAUUGACCCUUCCAGGACAAUUCGGUGUGGAUGAUGAGGUAGAGAUGGGAGAAGUGGAUGAACCGCUUCCUGCUGAAGGGGAUGAACCACUUCUUUCCCAAGGGGAUGAGACAAUUGACACAGCCGAUCCCACACAGGUCAUGCAGGAUUUCCAAGAUCGUCUCUUCGAUCUUGUUCCUAUA